ACACGUUUGUAGAAAUUAUUAAUAUGGCAGAAAUUCGUGUAUCUAGUGUUGUUUAAGCUGUGAAACUAAUUGACAAAACAGUAAUCUAUUACUAAAGAGUGCUGUGAUGUGUACAAAGUCGUGAAUUUUCUGGUCCCGUCCAUGUGAAAGUCUCUUUUUUGUGAAAAAAACUGACUAUAAUAAUAUCUUCGUAUCACAUUCAUUCCAAGUCAACAUCGAAGUUUUUGUGUUUUUUUUCCUUACGUUCAUCUACUUUGUUUAUUAUGAAUUUGAUUGUAUUCUGCCCUCAGUGACAUACAAUCAGAUUAAGUACAACAGUCUUUGCUUCAUUAUUACAGGUUAUUACAACGAGAUAUUGUCAUGGAUCUUCAUGGAUCCCAUGCAAUUGCACAACUUGUGUGUCACAGUAUACAAACAAAGUGGUUGUGGUAAUUGACAUAAAACAAAAGUGUGUUGGUGUGCCCUGGCAGGUAUUAUAUAUUGGAGCCACUGGGCUAUGGCCAACCUGAAUUUUGAGCAGCCUCCACGCAGUAUUGCGAAUACAAGCCUUACUUCGCGCGCGGGUGGUGGGGGGGGCUUAAAUUCAUCGACCCUUGCGGGUCAUGUCACGCCCACAUCGGGCAUGUUCUCAGGCUCAUCUGCAAGUACCUCAAGCACAGCGAACUCUGUGGUAGUGGUUACCAACGUUUAUCCUAGUGCAUCAGGAUCAGGAAGCACGCAGACCAAUCAUCAAUCCCAACAACAACAGCUCUCUCCUAUGAGUAGCAGAGGGCUGUUUGGACAAAGGGCUUUCACAGAUAGACGUACAAUGCCUGCUCUUGGAACCUCAAAUCCAAUGGGUAGUAUGGGCAGUUUUGGUAUACCUCCAAGUCGCAACUACGGAUCUCAAGGUGCGAUUAAUAAUUUCCAUUCUGUGUUUGGAAGUGGUGGAGGUGGAGAUACAAGUACACCCCCUCUAUUAGAUCUUUCGGAAUUUCCAUCUUUGACAAAUAGAGGUCAGGGUGAUUCCAUGCCCCAACCUAGUCCUAUGCCUGGAAAACAACCUUAUGUUGGAAUGGUAAAGCAACCAACAUCAGAGUCGAGUGAAUUUACUAUGAGUUCAGAAGAUUUUCCUGCUUUACCAGGCACACAAAACAGAGAAGGCCCAUCACCAGGUGGAAGUGUUUCUGGAGAUAAAAGUAUAUCCGUUGGUCUAGGUCCCGAAAUUGGCCAGGAUGUAUUGCAAGCAAACAGAGCACCUGGAUCUGAAAAAUCUCAGUCAUCUAAAAGAGGCAUUCAAACAUCCCCAGAUGGGAAGGUGACAAAUAUACCUGCGAGUAUGGUAAAAGAUCAAUUUGGAAUGGUUGGUCUCUUAACUUUUAUUAGAGCAGCAGAAACGGAUCCAAAUUUAGUAUCUUUGGCAUUAGGACAAGAUCUUACAGCAUUAGGAUUGAAUUUGAAUUCUCCUGAAAAUUUAUAUCAAAAUUUUGGUGGUCCUUGGGCAGAAACACCAUGUAGACCACAAGAUAUCGACUUUCAUGUACCACCAGAAUAUCUUAUUAAUGCAGCAAUCAGGGAUAAGUUAGCACCAGUUAAACUAAAUCGAUACAAAGAUGAUCUACUAUUUUAUAUGUUUUAUACAAAUGUCGGGGAUGUCCUCCAACUGGCAGCUGCAGCAGAAUUGUACAGCAGGGAAUGGAGAUAUCAUAUGGAGGAGAAAGUGUGGAUUACUCAAGCACCUGGAUUAGGACUUGUAGAAAAAACAUCGACAUAUGAACGUGGUACUUACUAUUAUUUUGAUGCGCAAAACUGGAGGAAGGUAGCUAAGGAAUUCCAUCUGGAUUAUACAAAACUAGAAAGUAGACCUCAUCUUCCCACAAACUUUCAUCAAACCCAGCCUUGACUACAGAUCUGCCUGCAGACCUUUGUGCUGUCUUUAAGCUGGAAAGGAAUCAGCUAUUGUAUAAAUGAACAAAUUUAAUAAUCUUUAAUAAAAAUAUAAAAUUUGAAGAGUAA